UGAUAUAAGAGAAAAACAUAAGAACAAUAAAUCUCUCUCAAAGCUCUACUCUCUUUUCCUCUUUUCACUCUCAUAAUUUGAAGUAGUUCGUAUCAAGCUAUGUGGUCGUCUUGGAAUGGAAAUGCAUCUAAUAACAGUUCGGUAGAUCAAAGUUCUGAGACUAUACAUCAUGAACAUAACAUCCUUGAAAGGGGUGGAUUUUUAGGAUCAGAAGAAGCGCAACCUAUCCAAUCCAAACCAGAACUUCCCCUCCUGAAGGAUUUAAUGGUCCAGUGUUUAAGCUGUGAGAAAUGGAGACUAAUACCUUCUAUGCAGAAGUACAAAAUCAUAAGGGAAAAAGAGAUUUAUGCCCCUUUUGUCUGCGACGAUGCUUCGGAGUGGAAGCCAUAUAUGUCAUGUGAUGUUCCUGAAGAUGAAACAACAUGUGAUAUAUGGGCUAUUGAUGUGCCUAGCAUCCCUUGCCCACCACCCGGCUGGAAACGUGAAGUGCAUUUUAGGCGUGAAGGAUCGACAAGAUUCGCGGAUGUGUUCUUGAAUGACCACCCUGAAUACAUAAGAGAGGGAUUAAAUCCUUCUCUAUUCUCCUUCAAAAUGCCAAAACCCCUUGAUGAAAACUAUGUUAAGAAGCGCACUCGACCAGCGAAACCUACUGUAGAUGAUGAAGUGGCAUUGAUAUCUCCAGGUGAUCAUAGAGAGUCGCAACAUGGUCAAUCCUCCAAAAAGAUAAGAACAUGAAAUCGGUGAAAUCAUUGAAGAUUUAUAAAUAAUUGAGAACUUA